AUGGACCCACCAAAGAAACUCAAACCAAAUCCGGCCGACCUGUACAAUCCCCGACAAGACGGCCAGCAAAAAGCCCGAAAGGCCAACGCGCGACUACAGCGCGUACGACAGGCUGUCCGAACCUACCAGGCUAGGUUUGCCGGUCCACCUCCGCGGGGGCAUAUAUUUUCCGCUUCAACCGCCCCCAGAAUUCCCACCGCUACGCAAACGACUGCUCCAGAGGUUAACUUUCCCCGCCGAACCCAGCAACCUCCAACGCGACCUCCCACUGGCUGCGUGCGACAGCAAGACGAAGGUCCCCAAAGACCGGCUCCAACAAACCCGUAUCCAAAUACCACCGGCGCCGGUACAUCGGCCAGAAGUGGAACCGAACCCGGCACGUUACCCACGUUUGGGCUCCAGAGCGUAAAGACUAACUUCGCCUUCCUACGGCCCGAAUUGCACUUCUGGUGGACCUCUAAACAAAAUACUCCAACCGCCCGCCCUGUAAUGUCGUUGCCUCUUCCGCCAUGGGCCACGUCACGACCCAAAUCGCCGCUUAAAUGGGCGGUCGUAGUUUUCCAACCACGGGAAACAGAUAUCGGGGAUAUGGCUAGGCAAGAGCCAGAUGCCUUCAAAUGGACCCCGGCAUAUCGGGAUGCCCUGAGGAAGUACCGUCCCCCAGGCCACCCUAUGUCAAGCCCCGUAUUACAGUUAACCGACACCGAUUUCACCGAGGCACUUGAAGAGGCUCUAAAUGAGGGAUUGCCCGCCCAGAAUAAGGAGGAAAACAAGAGCAAAACAACCGAAAAGGAUGUAAUGAUCAAUGCCCGAUCAACCACCCAUACCAGCACCGCGUCAGAAUCUUUGGGUGCUGCGACCCCACUAUCACCCGCUCCGAACCCGGUGGUGGGUACCCGUCGACAUGCCUGUGACGAUGUUUACCUCCCAGUGGAGAAAAAUUUAUGUUGGCGAUGUGGCUAUCCCGGACACCGCCGGGAGGCUUGCACCAACAAACCGGUGAUGUUUUGUUCUAGAUGCGGCCGGGUGGGUUAUCUAUCAAAAGAGUGUUCCUGUGGUCCAAUCCGCUCCAAGGUCGUUCAACCCUCUCAAUCUGGAACACUCACCGUAACCUCAACUGCGUCCCGCCGUCGCAAUAAAGUAUCCGUGGCCGUACAAUGUACAAUCUAUUUUCUACCCGCUAAAAAAUAUACAACAUUAUUGUUUGAACGAUACGAAUAUCAAUACAUGAAACGAUUGGGAAGAAAAGAUGCACCAUCGAAAACUUAUUGGAAUUGUCGGAACCGAAAAACCGGGUGCAAAGUUAAUGUCAUUACCUAUGGCAAUACAGUGUCCAUAAAAUCAAUUGCACAUAAUCACGGUCCUACUUAUACCGGAGAUGUUAGUCAGCUUAAAAUUCCAGGUAGAGUAUACUUUUCACCAGGCAGAAAACACCCUAUAAUGAUAAUCGACGGGUUUGAAUACAAACUUCAACUAAGAAAAGAUAACAGAAGCAACUGGUGCUGCACACAGGAUGCCAAAUUCAAGUGCAAAGUCAGGCUCAUGGCUAAAGGAAAUUUGAUUCAGAUUAAGGAUUGUCAGCAUACCCACGAACAAACAUAUAAAGCGGACUAUACUAAGUUGAAGUCACACGAAAUUUUAAUAGAGUACCGUACAAAGUUUAGGAGGCCAUCAGAGUUUAAAUAA